CUCCUUCCCCCACAGCAAACGUCCAGGCCUACGUUUUUCGCCCGUAAGUUUGAGGCUAGCGUGAACCAGGAGAUUGUUACCCAGCUGGACAGCUUCCUAUUUGGCCCUUAUCCGCAGGUGGGUGGAACACACAGCGUACACACACACAGAGCACACACACUGCUCCCUGUCCUCCAGGACACCUCAGGGUUCUACUAUAACACUGCUCCCUGUCCUCCAGGACACCUCAGGGUUCUACUAUAACACUGCUCCCUGUCCUCCAGGACACCUCAGGGUUCUACUAUAACACUGCUUCCUGUCCUCCAGGACACCUCAGGGUUCUACUAUAACACUGCUCCCUGUCCUCCAGGACACCUCAGGGUUCUACUAUAACACUGCUUCCUGUCCUCCAGGACACCUCAGGGUUCUACUAUAACACUGCUCCCUGUCCUCCAGGACACCCCAGGGUUCUACUAUAACACUGCUCCCUGUCCUCCAGGACACCCCAGGGUUCUACUAUAACACUGCUCCCUGUCCUGCAGGACACCUCAGGGUUCUACUAUAACACUGCUUCCUGUCCUCCAGGACACCUCAGGGUUCUACUAUAACACUGCUCCCUGUCCUGCAGGACACUUCAGGGUUCUACUAUAACACUGCUCCCUGUCCUCCAGGACACCCCAGGGUUCUACUAUAACACUGCUUCCUGUCCUCCAGGACACCCCAGGGUUCUACUAUAACACUGCUCCCUGUCCUGCAGGACACCCCAGGGUUCUACUAUAACACUGCUUCCUGUCCUACAGGACACCUCAGGGUUCUACUAUAACACUGCUCCCUGUCCUCCAGGACACCUCAGGGUUCUACUAUAACACUGCUCCCUGUCCUCCAGGACACCCCAGGGUUCUACUAUAACACUGCUUCCUGUCCUCCAGGACACCCCAGGGUUCUACUAUAACACUGCUUCCUGUCCUCCAGGACACCUCAGGGUUCUACUAUAACACUGCUCCCUGUCCUCCAGGACACCCCAGGGUUCUACUAUAACACUGCUUCCUGUCCUCCAGGACACCUCAGGGUUCUACUAUAACACUGCUCCCUGUCCUCCAGGACACCCCAGGGUUCUACUAUAACACUGCUCCCUGUCCUGCAGGACACCCCAGGGUUCUACUAUAACACUGCUUCCUGUCCUCCAGGACACCACAGGGUUCUACUAUAACACUGCUCCCUGUCCUCCAGGACACCCCAGGGUUCUACUAUAACACUGCUCCCUGUCCUCCAGGACACCCCAGGGUUCUACUAUAACACUGCUCCCUGUCCUCCAGGACACCCCAGGGUUCUACUAUAACACUACUUCCUGUCCUCCAGGACACCCCAGGGUUCUACUAUAACACUACUUCCUGUCCUCCAGGACACCCCAGGGCUCCAGUCGUACUGGGAGAAUGUGUAUGAUGAGACGGACAGCGUAGUCAGCCUAUCAGACAGCCAGCUCACUCACUACCACGCCUUCACACGCAUGGGCCUAUCACGGGCCUCCAUGUCACUGCAGGGCCACGCCGACGACGACAGCUGCAGGUCAGUCCGGAAGGUGUGGAUGUGUGGGCGCGUGUGUGUGUGUGUGUGUGUGUGUGUGUGUGUGUGUGUACGUUGUGUGUGUGUGAAUAACUCCUCAAUUCCAAACCAACCCCUAACACCACCCCCUACACACUGGUAGAACAAAAAGGAUUGGAUAGGGCCUUGUCCAAAACCAACCCCUACUCCCUAGACACUUGUACAGAGCGGAGAAGGUUUGGACAGGUUUAGUAAUAUGAAAUAAAAUCCCAUCUAGCCUAUCAGAGGGACAGGUGGAAAAUAUCCCCACAUUGCUUGUUAUACCUCACUGUCUUACAGCCGUCUGCACUGUCACGUUCAAACAAUACACCUGUCUGAAGACAAUGGAUUAUACGGUGCCUUCAGAAAGUAUUCACACAACUUGACGUUUUCCACAUUUUUGUUGUGUUACAGCCUGAAUUUAAAAUUGAGAUGUAUUUUUGUCACUGUCCUACACACAAUAACAAUAACUGAUCGUGACACUUCAGUCCUCCAGGAACUCAGAGGAAACUAGGUGAAUAGAUACGGUGCCUUCAGAAAGUUUUCACACUCCUUUGACUUUUUCACAAUUUUGUUGUGUUACAGCCUGAAUUUUUUUAAAUGGUUGAAAUUGAGAUUUUUGUCUCACUCACUGUCCCACACACAACACCCCAUUGUUGGUUAAGGGCUUGUAAGUAAGCAUUUCACGGUAAGGUCUACACCUGUUGUAUUCGGCUCAUGUGACAAAUACAAUUUGAUUUAAUUUGAUCUCUGUACCCCACACAUACAAUUAUCUGUAAGGUCCCUCAGUCGAGCAGUGAAUUUCAAACACAGAUUCAACCACUAAGACCAGGGAGGUUUUCCAAUGCCUCACAAAGAAGGGCACCUAUUGGUAGAUUGGUAAAAAUAAAAAAGCAGACAUUGAAUAUCCCUUUGAGCAUGGUGCAGUUAUUAAUUACACUUUGGAUGGUGUAUCAAUACACCCAGUCACUACAAAGAUGCAGGCGCCUUUCCAAACUCAGUUGCCGGAGAGGAAGGAAACCGCUCAGGGAUUUCACCAUGAGACCAAUGGUGACUUUAAAACAGCUAUAGAGUUUAAUGGUUGUAAUAGGAGAAAACUGAGGAUGGAUCAACAUUGUAGCUACACCACAAUACUAACCUAAUUGACAAAAAUAUUCAAAAACAUGCAACCUGUUUGCAAUAAGGCAAUGAAGUAAACUGCAAAUAAUGUGGAAAAUAAAUUCACUUUAUGUCCUGAAUACAAAGCGUUAUGUUUGUGGCAAAUCCAACACAACACAUCACUGAGUACUGCUCUUCAUCAUGUUAUGGGUCUUCUUGUCAUCAGCAAGGACUAUGUUUUUUUUUAGGAUAAACAGAAACGGAAUAGAGCUAAGCACAGUCAAAAUCCUAGAGGAAAACCUGGUUCAGUCUGCUUUCCAAUAGACACUGGGAGGCAAAUUUACCUUUCAGCAGGACAAUAAUCUAAAACACAAGGCCAAAUAUACACUGGAGUUGCUUACCAAGACGACAGUGGAUGUUCCUGAAUGGUUGAGUUACAGUUUUGACUUAAAUCUACUUGAGAAUCUAUGGCAAAACCAGAACAUGGUUGUCUAGCAAUGAUCAACAACCAAUUUGACAGAGCUUGAAGAAUUUUGAAAAUAAUAAUGGGCAAAUAUUGUACAAUCCAGGUGUGGAAAGCUCUUAGAUACUUACCCAGAAAGGCUCACAGCUGUAAUCGCUGCCAAAGGUGCAACCACAAAGUAUUGACUCAGGGGUGUGAAUACUUAUGUAAAUGAGAUAUUUCUUCAUUUCAUUUUCAAUACAUUUGCAAAUAUUUCUAAAAACACGUUUUCACUUGGUCAUUAUAGACUAUUGUGUGUAGAUGUGUGAGAAAUGUUUUUUUAAAAAAAAUUUUAUACAUUUUGAAUUCAGGCUUAUUCCAAAAUGUGGAAUAAGUCAAAGGGUAUGAAUACUUUCUGAAGGCACUGUACCUAUCAAAAUCCUCUCAGAUCUCCACAAGUGACUAAACCAGAGUUUCUUCAUCCUGGUCCUGCAUGGGGACCCGAACUGGUGAACAUUCUAGACACCUGAUUCCACUAAUCAACUCAUCAGACGUCAAACCUUUUGAUUAGUGGAAUCAGGUGUCUAGAAUGUUCACCAGUUCGGGUCCCCAUGCAGGACCAGGAUGAAGAAACACUGGUUUAGGGUUUAGGGGCUAGGGGUUGAUUCUGGACAGGGCCUAGGGUUUAGGGGCUAGGGGUUGAUUCUGGACAGGGCCUAGGGUUUAGGGGCUAGGGGUUGAUUCUGGACAGAGCCUAGGGUUUAGGAGCUAGGGGUUGAUUCUGGACAGGGCCUAGGGUUUAGGGGCUAGGGGUUGAUUCUGGACAGGGCCUAGGGUUUAGGGGCUAGUGGUUGAUUCUUGACAGGGCCUAUGGUUUAGGGGCUAGGGGUUGAUUCUUGACAGGGCCUAGGGUUUAGGGCCUAUGGUUUAGGGGCUAGUGGUUGAUUCUGGACAGGGCCUAGGGUUUAGGGGCUAGGGGUUGAUUCUGGACAGGGCCUAGGGUUUAGGGGCUAGGGGUUGAUUCUGGACAGGGCCUAGGGUUUAGGGGCUAGGGGUUGAUUCUGGACAGGGCCUAGGGUUUAGGGGCUAGGGGUUGAUUCUGGACAGGGCCUAGGGUUUAGGGGCUAGGGGUUGAUUCUAGACAGGGCCUAUGGUUUAGGGGCUAGGGGUUGAUUCUGGACAGGGCCUAGGGUUUAGGGGCUAGGGGUUGAUUCUGGACAGGGCCUAGGGUUUAGGGGCUAGAGGUUGAUUCUGGACAGAGCCUAGGGUUUAGGGGCUAGUGGUUGAUUCUGGACAGAGCCUAUUGUUUAGGGCCUAGGGUUUAGGGGCUAGGGGUUGAUUCUGGACAGGGCCUGGGGUUUGGGGGGUUGGGUGUGUGUGUGUACAUUUGGGUGGAUGUUUGUGUACAUUUGGGUGGAUAUCUGUGGAUAUUUGUGUGUGUGUGUAUAUGUGUGUAACUGUACUGUGUAUGUAUAUAUUUGGGGUUUCCCAGGUAUAUCUCCAGGGGCCACCCGGUGUCUGUCCACCUGUACUUCCUGUCAGACGUGUUCCAAAAAAUGCAAACUUUCCACCCUCAUAAUGUGCAGAAUCUCCUGACCACAGAGUUUAAGUAGCCACUUGUUUUUUCCAUCAUCAACAUGUUUUUCUGUGUGGUAUUUGACCACCUCUGCUCUGCUCUGACACUUCAGUCCUUCAGCUACUCAGAGGAAACCAGAUCUCAUCAUUACCAGGGUAGGAGCUAGGUGUUAUCUAGCAGAGGAAACCAGAUCUCAUCAUUACCAGGGUAGGAGCUAGGUGUUAUCUAGGGAUCAUUGCUCGCAUCCCAAAUAGCACCCUAUUCCCUAUGGGCUCUGGUCAAAAGUAGUGUACUACAGUAUGGAAUAGGGUGCUAUUUGGGAUGCAGCCUCUAUGGCUGCGUUUACACAGGUAGCCCAAUUCAGAUAUUUUUUUCCCCUAAUUGGUGGAAGAUCAGAUCAGAUUGUGAAAAGAUCAGAUGUGAUCGGUCAAAAGACCAAUUAGUGGAAAAGAUAUCUGAAUUGGGCUGUCUAUGUAAAUGCAGCCUAAAGUGCAGAGAAAUAUCUCUCUCUCUCUCUCUCUCUGUCUGUCUGUAUGUCUGCCUUUCUAUCUGUCUGUCUGUCUGUCUGUCUGCGUAGGUGCGUGUGUGUGUGUAUGUGUGUGUAUGUUGCAAGAGGUCCAAAUCAAAUAUGGAGAUUAACUUGUUACAUUUAGACAAACAGGCCUCAGUCUCUCAGACUGGCUUUUUCCAGUCGUAUAAGUAGUGGGGAGGACUGUGUGUGUAGGUUCUGGGUGCGGUGUGUACACAGGCACAAGGACACACUUGUUGCUGGUUGGGUGUGUAUGGGGGGGGGGGGGGGGGGGGGGUUGAGAAUAGAGUGAUCUCUCUGUUCCUCACAAGCUCCUGUGACUCCAGCUUAGUUAGCUCUGACGUGUGUUUGAUACCAUCAAGUGAACAUGACUGUGUCUGCGUACAUUAGGGUGGAUGUGUUGUGGAAAUUACCACAAAGGAUUUACUGUGGAUAUUUGGGUGGAUGUCUGUCUACAUUUGGGUGGUUGUCUGUGGAUAUUUGGGUGGAUAUCUGUGGAUAUUUGGGUGUGUGUGUAUAUGUGUGUAACUGUACUGUGUAUGUAUAUAUUUGGGGUUUCCCAGGUAUAUCUCCAGGGGCCACCCAGUGUCUGUCCACCUGUACUUCCUGUCAGACGUGUUCCAAGGCUACCUGGUUCGUCAAUACGCUAGUAACCUAGCAACCAGCCAGCUAGAGACCCUAGAGACUUGGGUCACCCAUAGCAACCACUUCACCCUGGCCCUGACAACGAAAACACUCAACAGACUACAGUUCGCAGAGGUGAGACACACACGCCCGCACACACACACAUACACACACAUACACACUUUAAAUGUAACCUUCUGCAAACAUCUGCAGCCUCUAGCAUCCCUGAUCCCUGGUACCUGGGAGAGAGAUAGAUGGUGGUUCUGUCCAUGCUGAAACAGGCUCUGAGUUACUAGUUGUUAAGUGUCUUUAUUGGCAGGUUGCUGCUGCCCCCUAGGGAUGACAUGUGGUACUGGAUGUGUCCUGUCACGUUAUAGCUGAAAUACUAAUUAAAAUUACCAUUUGUUAACAGGCAAGUCGUAAAAAAAAUAGUGUAGUGCACAGGGUGUCAUUCAGGGGACUGUGUUUUCCCCUGGUUAGUCUGCUGUAAAUCCUUCACUUCUCUCACUCUCUCUUCUUCAAUCUACAGUAUCUCCAUAUUCAUUCAAAUCAAUCCUCUGUUUAUUGAUCUCUCUCAAUAUAUAUGUAUCUUUCUCUGUCCCCCUCCCUCCCUCCCUAUCCCCCCUGCUCCUCCCAACCCACCCCUCCUCCUCUCAGGUGGGUACAGACUGGGACGCCAAAGAGAGAAUCUUCAGGAACUUCGGAAGCCUCCUGGGCCCCAUGGAGGAGCCGGUUGCCAUGCAACGCUGGGGCCGGGGGCAGAACAUCACGGUAACCGUCGUCUGGGUGGACCCCACCAACGUCAUAGCCGCCACGUACGACAUCCUGGUGGACGGCGGGGCAGAGUACACACACUACCGCCCCCCGUUAACCCUCCCGUUACGACCCGGUGUGUGGACGCUACGCGUUCUGCAUCACUGGAACCUACUAGCCUCCACCAGCUUUGUGGUUUCACCCCUGGAGUACCACGACCAGCAACCUAUACGCCAGGGUAAACACACACACACACACACACACACAGCUAAGCACUUGGACACACACACGCGCGCGCACACACACACACACACACACACACAAUCAUAGCGCUCAAAGGCAUUCUCUGCCUCUGCUGUCAACACGAGGCCUAUAGAUAAAUAUAGCACCCAGUCACGUAUUAACCCACACACACACACCUCUGUCUGAAUAUAGGUGCUGUGGGGAAAUGUCCAUGAUGUGUGGGUACAGUAGGUGUGUGGGUACAGUAGGUGUGUGGGUACAGUAGGUGUGUGGGUACAGUGGAAUUCUCAACUUCACCUCUAGGACUGACACUGGAAUGAUCACUAGAACCUGGACACCUCCCCUACAUACAGUGCCAUCGGAAAGUAUUCAGACCCCUUGACUUUUUCCACAUUUUGUUACGUUACAGCCUUAUUCUAAAAUGGAUUAAGUAAACGUUUUUUCCUAAUCAAUCUACACUCAAUACCCCAUAAUGACAAAGCAAAAACUGGUUUUUAGAAAUGUUUGCAAAUGUAUUACAAAAAAAAAACUGAAAUACCUUAUUUACAUAAGUAUUCAGACCCUUUGCUAUGAGACUCGAAAUUGAGCUCAGGUGCAUCCUGUUUCCAGUGAUCAUCCUUGAGAUUUUUCUACAACUUGAUUGGAGUCCACCUGUGGUAAAUUCAAUUGAUUGGACAUGAUUUGGAAAGGCACACACCUGUCUAUAGAGCUUCGAAACAGGAUUGUGUCGAGGCACAGAUCUGGGGAAGGGUACCAAAACAUUUCUGCAGCAUUGAAGGUCCCCAAGAACACAGUGGCCUCCAUCAUUCUUAAAUGGAAGAAGUUUGGAACCACCAAGACUCUUCCUAGAGCUGGCCGCCUGGCCAAACUGAGCAAUCGGGGGAGAAGGGCCUUGGUCAGGGUGGUGACCAAGAACCCGAUGGUCACUCUGACAGAGCUCUAGAGUUCCUCUGUGGAGAUGGGAGAACCUUCCAGAAGGACAAACAUCUCUGCAGCACUCCACCAAUCAAGCCUUUAUGGUAGAGUGGCCAGAAGGAAGCCACUCCUCAGUAAAAGGCACAUGACAGCCCGCUUGGAGUUUGCCAAAAGGCACCUAAAGACUCUCAGACCAUGAGAAACAAGAUUCUCUGGUCUGAUGAAACCAAGAUUGAACUGAAUGCCAAGCAUCACAUCUGGAAGAAACCUGGCACCAUCCCCACUGUGAAGCAUGGUGGUGGCAGCAUCAUGCUGUGGGGAUGUUUUUCAGCGGCAGGGACUGGAAGACUAGUCAGAAUCGAAGCAAAGAUGAACGGCGCAAAGUACAGUGAGAUCCUUGAUGAAAACCUGCUCCAGAGCGGUCAGGACCUCAGACUGGGGCGAAGGUUGACCUUCCAACAGGACAACGGCCCUAAGCACACAGCCAAGACAACGCAGGAGUGGCUUCGGGACAAGUCUCUGAAUGUCCUUGAGUGGCCCAGCCAGAGCCCGGACUUGAACCUGAUCGAACAUCUCUGGAGAGACCUGAAAAUAGCUGUGCAGCAACGCUCCCCAUCCAACCUGACAGAGCUUGAGAGGAUCUGCAGAGAAGAAUGGGAGAAACUCCCCAAAUACAGGUGUGCCAAACUUGUAGCGUCAUACCCAAGAAAACUUGAUGCUGUCAUCACUGCCAAAGGUGCUUCAACAAAGUACUAAAGUUCUGAAUUCUUAUGUAAAUGUGAUAUUUCAGUUUUUUAUUUGUAAUAAAUAGCUAAAAUAAAAAAUUAAACAGUUUUUGCUUUGUCAUUGUGGGGUAUUAUGUGUAGAUUGAUGAGGGGAAAAAACGAUUUAAUCAAUUUUAGAGUAACAAAAUGUGGAAAAAGUCAAGAGGUCUGAAUACUUUCUGAAUGCACUGUACAUCACCUGGAACACACAAACACAACACCACACACACACACAACACCACACACACACACACAACACCACACACACACAACACCACACACAACACACACACACACAUUCACAGUAAACGCAUUCACAGCUACGCAUGUUGGCUCGCUUUUGAAUGACAGGCAUUAGCAACAACAUCAAUGCUAAUUCUUUCUAUAAUCAUUAGCGCUUUCUGUCACCGAUAUGUCACCUUGGGAUAGUAAGAAAGAGUCUGUGACACACAGCCUCUCACAACACCGCCAGAACAUCUGCUAUGUGGAUGUCUGCCAACGCUGGUUAAUGCUGGUUAACACUCAACCUGAUUUAAUCUUCAUUUAAUAAAUAACAAUACUAGAACAUUGAUAUAAACAUUAUUACAUAAAUUCUCUUCUUUUCUAGCUCAUUGUUUGACACAAAGGCCUAUCCUGUAACUCCUAGAUGGAAUUUAUAUAGAGUAUCUCCCUCUCUCCCUCGCCCUCCCUACCUCUCUCCAUCACCCUUCUCCCCCCUCCCUACCUCUCUCACCUCCCUCACUCCCUCUCCCUCUCCCCCCCUUACCUCCCUCCCUCCCCCCUCUCUAGAAGACACAGUGAAGUUCCACAACGGCCCGGUCCAUAACUCCUACAUGGAGCAGAGUUUCCACGGCCUCAACCCCAUCCUCAACCUCCCCGUGCACCUAGGACAGGUGGAGGAGGCGGAGUUUAACGCAUCACUGACGGGGGCGGAGCUCCAGAGCUGGGUGGACCGUCUCCUGGCGGGGGUGUGGUCUGCGGCAGACGUGUGUUCUCAGGGUCCUAGCUCGUGUCCCGUUAUGCAGCGGUGUCGGGAGACGGGAUGGAGCGCGCUCAGUCCCGACCUCAAGUCUGAUCUGGGUCCGCCCCGAGGGAACGGACGGAUUAGGUAGCACCGUCGCCACGGCUACUGCUGCAGCCACUCGAUGGCUUGGAGGAUGAACUGACAGGAAACGUUUUUGUGUGUUGUGCACCAUAGCUAUCGUGAGAUGGUCUGCUGUGUCCCAAAUUGCUCCCCCCUAUAUACUGAGUGUACAAAACAUUAAGAACACCUGUUCUUUCCAUGACAUAGACUGACCAGGUGAAAGCUAUGAUCCCUUAUUGAUGUCACUUGUUAAAUCCACUUCAAUCAGUGUAGAUGAAGGGGAGGAGACAGGUUAAAGAAGGGUUUUUAAGCCUUGAGACAAUUGAGACAUGGAUUGUGUAUGCUGGGUUUUUCAUGCUCAACAGUUUCCUGUGUGUAUUAAGAAUGGUCCACCACCCAAAGGACAUCCAGCCAACUUGACACAAAUGUGGGAAGCGUUGGUGUCGACAUGGGCCAGCAUCCCUGUGGAACGCUUUCAACAGCCAACGAAUUGAGGCUGUUCUGAGGGCAAAAGGGGGGGUGCAACUCAAUAUUAGAGAGCUGUUCUUAAUCAAAUCAAAUCCAAUUUUAUUGGCCACAUGCGCCGAAUACAACAGGUGUAGACAUUACAGUGAAAUGCUUACUUACAAGCCCUUAACCAACAAUGCAUUUAUUUUUUAAUAGAAAAGUAAAAUAAAACAACAACAACAACAAAAAAGUGUUGAGAAAAAAAGAACAGAAGUCAAAUAAAAUAACAGUAGGGAGGCUAUAUACAGGGGGGUACCGGUGCAGAGUCAAUGUGCGGGGGCACCGGCUAGUUGAGGUAAUUGAGGUAAUAUGUACAUGUGGGUAGAGUUAAAGUGACUAUGCAUAAAUAAUUAACAGAGUAGCAGCAGCAAUGUGUUGUACACUCAGUGACUAGUGCACUAACAUAGGGCUCUGGUCAGAAGUAGUGCACUAUAUAGGGAACAGGGUGCCAUUUGGGACGCAGACGUGGUGUUUGGGUAUGGGAGAAGAUUGAAUGCAUUGGAUUACUGUGUGAACCCUGUCAACACCAAACAUGGCGUAACUCAGGAGCUGGGUAGUAAAGAAGGUUAGAAGGAAAGCCGUAGACUGACACCAAGAAGAAAUUAGAUAAGGGGCAAGACAUCUUCAGCAUCAGGUGGCGCCACCUGCUGUCUGGGAGGCUAAACUGACUCUAGGAUUAGUUCCAUUUGAUUUAUUGAUUUGUGUGUCCAAAAUGGCACCCUUUUCCCUAUGUAGUUUACUACUUUUGACCAGUGCCCUAAGGGGAAUAGGGUGCUAUUUGGGACACAACCUCAUGCCUGGAGAAGAAGAUGGAGGAAGUGUACACGACGCCGCCCUCUGAAAGGAAGGAGAGGAGGUGGACACGACGCCGCCCUCUGAAAGGAAGAUGGAGGAAGUGGACACGACGCCGCCCUCUGAAAGGAAGACGGAGGAAGUGGACACGACACCGCCCUCUGAAAGGAAGAUGGAGGAAGUGGACACGACGCCGCCCUCUUAA